CCUGUCUGUGGCCUGUCAUUCGGUGUUUCUCAUUCACACGUAUUAUUUUCCCUUCCAAUAUCUUCUUCUUCCUCCUCCUCCUCCUUUCUGCCCCAGCAGAUUCAGAUUCUCUUCACUUUUUCCUCCCAAUAAAUCACUAAACAAAAGAAAGCUUAAAGAGUUGAGAGAAAAGGCAAAACAGAAAAGAGAGAUGUUAAGUCCACUGAGACUUUUAACUCCACUUAAUCCAACAAUACCCCUUUUCUCUUCUUCUUUUGAGUUCUCAUCUAAUUGUUAUGGGUUUUCUGAAAAACCUGUUUUGAGAAAAUGGGGUUCAUCAAAGCAGAGAUCUUCUUCUACUUCAAAGUUUAAAUCAGGGAAUCUUAAUUCUUCAAACUUGUGGCUUUGCGGAUGUAUGAGAAGAGAUGAGGAUGCGAGUAGUUCAAAAAAUGAGGGGGACAGUGAAGUGCGGAUGUUUGGAUCUGAUGAAGAUUUUGCCACAAAAGUUCCUACUCAAGCUCAGACCAUGGUAGAAGGCUCAGGGUCAUAUAUGGUGUCUGAAUUCAAACCUUCCUCAGAUGUGGACUACUUGCAGGAGCUACUAGCAAUCCAACAACAGGGUCCAAGAGCAAUUGGAUUUUUCGGGACGCGAAAUAUGGGUUUCAUGCAUCAACAACUUAUUGAAAUUCUUAGUUACGCGAUGGUUAUAACAAAAAAUCAUAUUUAUACAUCGGGAGCAUCUGGGACUAAUGCAGCUGUUAUAAGGGGUGCUUUACGGGCCGAGAGGCCAGAGCAACUCACGGUAAUAUUACCUCAAAGUUUGAAGAUGCAAUCUCCCGAGAGCCAAGAAUUACUAUCUAAAGUGAAAAAUGUGAUAGAGAAACCCCACAAUGAUCAUCUCCCUUUGAUAGAAGCUAGCAGAUUGUGCAACUGGGACAUCCUAUCAAAUGUACAACAAGUCAUUUGUUUUGCGUUUCAUGACAGUCGCUUACUUAUGGAAACAUGUCAAGAGGCCAAGAACCUUAGGAAAAUCGUCACUUUGUUCUACUUAGAUUAAAAUACCUGAAAGUUCAAGAUAUUUACACACCACUUUAGAGAAAGAAAUUGUAUCUUCUUCAGUUGCUAGUGUUGCUCUUCACCGAAGUAUUUGAAGUAAAUAUAGAAAAGGGCGAAAAACGGAGAAAGUCAGAGGUCUCAACUUGGAGGUUACAUCAUUUACAAUUGUGGAAAAGAGCUAUCGAAAUUAUUGUUAUUAAUUUGAUUAUUCAUAAAUGAAAAUUUUAUUGCCUCGAGCCUAUUUCAUGUUUCUGCUACUUAGAAGUUGAUUGUAAAUUCACGCCACUCUAGUCUCUGUGACAGACACUCAGAUUGAUCUAUCACUCUGCAUUGGCAGAUUUCCCUCUGUAGCCAAUGCAUGACUGCAAUAGACACCAAGAUUGUUACAGGGUCGCUGAACAGAACUCUAUUGGCGGUCACAUUUUAGGUUCUUCUCAACUCUAAUCGGAUACGGUUUCGGUUUUGGGCUUAUCGCAACAACCCAGCCCACGAGCAAAAGUUUAUCUCAGGUGCAUCCCUCAAAACCCUAAUGUGGAUAGGAGAGAUUUCAGAUUUGAGAUUUCACAACCUAAAACAGGCGCCUCACUCGUUAAGUUUCAUCGCCUCUCAAAAUUUCAAGAUAUUCAGGGUUCAGUGCCUUGCAAUUUUUGUAAGCUUACCUGAGACACCAUUGUUUGUGGUAAUUUCUAAUCCUGAUUUGUUGAAUUGCAUCUUAUGAACUUCACCAUCAUGUCAAUAUAGUCAUUAGAAAUGGAUAAAUUAGAUACUGCGGCCGCCGAUGAAAUUGAUUGCUGUUUAGAUUGUGAUGUCGAAUUGUUUGGUCACUGUAAUAGUGUGAUUUACUUAUGGAUUUAUGAUAAUUUUGAUUUUGAUAAUUUUGAUUUUGGGGGUUGUACGUUUCUUUAACCCAUCCACUGAAGAAUACAAAAAUAUCUUAAUCACCUGAGGAAGAUUCCGAUUUGAAUGAAUCCCUACAAGAGAUGGGGUUUGUCUCCUGCGAGAAGUUCAAAGAGACAGAAGACCACUAUUGAUAGUGGUGGUGAAAACAGUGAUGAGAAUGAGAACGAGAUAAUCUUCAUUCUUGAAUGAGCAAAGAAUUUCUUUAAGGAUGGUGGUUGUUUGGUUGGCUUCUGAGAAGAGGAUAAUGGUAAUAAUGCUUGUUUGUGACUCAAAUGGGUUAUAUACUAUGCCAUAAAUCUUUUAAUGCAUUCGCUUAGCGGGUUUGUAAUCUCCAAAGGUUUGAUUAAGAGAAACUCCACGGUACUACUGCGGCAGCUGCUCAAGAUAUACUAAGAUUGUUCUAGUGGUGGUUGUCAGUGCUGGGUUAGACCAUGUGAUGCUGAGAGAACGCAAGUUGAGAACAGGAUGGUGACAACUAAGUCUUGCGCAUUUGAAGACGUCGCCUAUGAUGCGGAGGACAUUUUGGGACAAGAUUCAAAAUGAAAUGCGGAAGACAUUCCGGGAUGUUGCUUAUGAUGCGGAUAUUUGGAACCCAGUUGGACUCCAUCUCAAGAUGGCUCAUAAAAUCAAAGAUGUUAACCAGAUUUUGUUUCAAAAUGGCUAAGAAAAGUCUAGGAAUACAUUCACUAAAAAAUACAAAAAGGAGGAUGCAUGUUGCUGCAGAAUGCACCCCUUUUACAUACAGGCAGUCAAGCACGCUUCCUUUUUCACUAUCUAAAGUGAAAAAUGUGUAGAGAAACCCCACAAUGAUCGUUUUUUCCCCAUCCUCAUCAGUUUCAUCGCCUCACCAGAGUCAAGCAUUGCAAUUUCGUAAGCUUGCCUGAGAAAUCAAUGUUUGUGGUAAUUUCUAAUCCUGAUUUGUUAAAUUGCAAUUUCAAAAGUAAAGUGCAUUGAGAAAUGGAUAAAUUAGAUGUUUAUGAAAUGGAUUGCAGUUUUAGAUGUUUAGAUUGUGAUGCUGAAUUGUUUAGUCACUGUAAUAGUGUGAUUCACUUAUGGUUUUAUGAUAGUUUUGAUUUUUGGGGUUGUAUGUUUUUUUAACCCUUCCACUGAAGAAUACAAAAAUACCUUAAUCACUAGGGAAGAUUUGGGAUUUGAAUGUUAAGAUCUGUGGGCAGUAUUAGACGAAGAACUGAUGAUUAUAAGUUAUUAAACAUCUUUUCUUUAAGAUCAAAAACUAAAAUGAAUGCCUACAAGAGAUGGGGUUUGUCUCCUGCGAGAAGUUCAAAGAGGCAGAAGACCACUACUGUUAGUGGUGGUGAAAACAGUAAUGAGAAUGAGAACGAGAUAAUCUUCAUUCUUGUAUGAGCAAAGAAUUUCUUUAAGGAUGGUGGUCUGAAGACAAAAUUCAAUUACUGUUUGGUUUGCUUCUGAGAAGAGGAUAACUGCGAGAAUGCUGCAUUGAUUAAUCAAUUGAAUUAUAUAUCGCGCCAUAAAUCUUUUGAUGCCUUUCCACGGUACUACUACGGGAGCUGCUCAAGAUAUACUAAGGUGUGUUGAGAAAUCUUCUAAAAAUGGGCGGAGGUUCACUGAUGUGUUGAGAAAUCUUCUAAAAAGCGGUUAGUCUUGGGUGGGUAGUUGCCUUUCCUAUUUGCUACAUGCAAUCGUUCUCUGUGGCUCCUGAAAGAAUUAAAGACAUGCCGACAUGGUUUCCCAAAGUGAAAGGCAUACCAGCUUUAUAUAUGACGGCAUUGGCUGUAUACUUGCUUCCGAAUAUACUAGCAGCUGCAUUGUUUAUUUUUCCAAUGCUUCAAAAGUGGAUUGAGAACUCAAAAUGUUGCUUAUGAUGCCGAUAUCUAGAACCCAAUUGGACUCCAUCUCAAGAUAGCUCAUAAAAUCAAGGAUGUUAACCAGAUUUCGUUUCAGAAUGGCUAGAAAAAUCAUCUUUGGAAUUCAUUCACUAGAGAAUCCAAAAACAAGGAUGCCUGUACCGAAGAUGGCAGGCCACACCUUUUACAUAGAGGCAGUCAAGCACCCUUCCUUUGCUUGGACAGAUUCUAUCUUUAUAUGCUUCCUGCAUUUGCAUUUUUGGUUUUGCAGGUUUAUACAUGUACAAAUUGAAGUGUAAUUUGUUACGAGAUGUCAAAAAUUUUGAUAUUUCAAUUUUUGGAACUUCUGGCAAA